AUGGAAGCGGUUAGUGACCUCUCGGUUCCAAAAGAGCUCGACAUUGAGCUCGACGUGGGCAACUUCUCCUCCAGCCGAGGGACAACUUACCAACCCUUUCAUCGAAUCGAGGCUUCUGCGGAAGUGCAGCAGGCGGCGCGCCGAGUUGCAGAGGAGAACCACAAGCUUCGGCAACUUCUUCAUCAUCUGGGCUGGGGUGACGAGCAAAUUGAACAGUACAUACACACCGGCAAAUUUGGUUCUCCAAGUCACCGUGGCCUACAUACUCUAAACACAAGCGGCAGCUUGAUCCCCGAGAAAGCGACAGAAAUAUUGGAAGGCCUUCUGAUUCCACGGCGGCCACCCUGCCUCGAUAUCCAGAUGCCAACUCUACCACCAAGCAGACAGACCAGUCCGGACCGGACUCUUUCAUACGGUCCUACGCCAGACUCACCGACCGAGGAAUAUGGCUCUCCAUCAGAAUCUGUCCAUCAAGUUCAUGGCUCGGCGGUCGUUUCACCAACAGACUUUGGCCCUCGACAGGCCUACGCUCAAGCCGGAGACAUGAAAAACCGAGAUUACACAAGCCAUCACCACCGCCCACAAACGGUCGAGUGGGCAAAUACCCACCAAAAUCAGUCUACCCAUGGUAUGUCAUUAAAUGUUCAGGGAUUCGGGACGAAUCAAACACUCGAUUAUCAUCCGCCAUUCCCGGAAGCCGAUCCUUCAGCAGGCAUGCUGCCUUCGCCCUCCAUGCCGUACACCUCGUACCAGAAUAUUCACCACCAGCCGCCGGCGUUCAUCGAAGCUACCACUGGUCACACUGGGCAUAUCUCCGUUGCCGACAUGGAUUCCACCAUGGAAGAUCGCAAAGCGCAGUACAGAGGAAACCCAGACGACCACCCUUGGUCAUCCUCAGACCCCUUUGCCAGAUCGCAGUACAAUACGCGACACAACUGA